AUGUCCAAGAGCUGGGAAGAACUCGGCGACCCGAGCGUGCCCGAUUACACCCUCGUCGGCGACCCGGACUCCUUUCGUGCGGCAGUGUGCGUACAGCUCGCAGGACCGUCGUACAGGAAGACAAAGUGGCUCGUCAAGCGUGGCCGUAAUGACGUCCCCCGUGAACCCUGGCAGUACACCUCGCCGGGUCGGAACGGCGAGACACAGUGCUGGGACAAGAAGGUCCAGGACGUAGUCCUGCAAGGACGGAACAUUGCUCGUUACGUCCUGACGAUUGAGGACUCGGACCUCAUGAUCCACCGUAACCUGUAUAAUCUGGAGCAGAACCUGACCGAUAUGGCGCGGUUCGAGACGGCUGCCGCAGUGGAGGAGAACGGCUUCGCGCCCGUCGCGACCGAGCUGCUGAAGGAAGCCAAGGCCAAAGCUGCCGGAAUCCUCGACACUGUUUUCCGAACGUACCGCAACUGGAUCGAGAUGCGGGACGGGUACCUCGUCUGUGAUAGGAAGACCAUGCCGGACGUGCUGCACGUGCCCCUUAUCCGGGCGCUGAGUGAGUACCCCGACACCUUGUCCCUGCUCCGGGAGGAGAACUUUGCCGCUGUCGCAAAGUGGUGGAAGGAGAUGGCAGAGGUGAACGUCCAGACAACGGGUUUGGCAUGA